AUGAAGCAUUGUUUAGAUGAAAACACCUUCAAAUUCAAAAAAGAAUUUUUAGAUCGUCAACAAAAAAAUUUAGUUAGAAUUGAAGAAAUUUUUGAUGUGAUCGUAAAACUUAAUUACACCAUUAAAAAUGCAACACUGUUAUACGACGCUAACUCAUUCAAGCAGGAAACAAUUGGCAAUGAAAUUAAAGUAGAUUCUAGCUUUUUAAAAAAAAAUUUAAAUUUUGAUAAAAUAAAAACUGACAAAGUAAGAGGCAUAUUUGAGGGAAAUAAAGCGCACAACGAUGAUGAUUAUACGAAAAAAAAAAUUACAAAAAAUCGCCGUAUUAAUUUAUCGAAACAGCCUGAAUCGUUUAAUGCGCGAAAAGCCAGAAAGGUAAGUGAAAGCAAAAUCGGUGAUUUUAUGAAGAACGAACAUUUUGAUCAGUUACUAAAGUAUAGCUCUAAUAUAUUUACUAAAACUCAAAGUAUGUUUAAGAGAUAUAUGAGAAAGUUUUCUAUUCCUAUCAAGGUUAAAAAGGCCCUUCCGCUGUUUAAUGAAUUUAAAAAACUGUUUCAUAACAAAUUGCUACCUAAUGCUCCUCUGAAACAAAAGAAUUGGUUUUUGUGUCAGUAUAUUUGGUGGGGCGAAUAUUUGAAUAUCACUGACCACGACAAAUUUUUAUCGGCUGAGUGGGAUUUUACUAAGGCUUUCCCUUGUGAUGUUUUUGGCUGGCAGAAAAUGAAGAAAAUUCUUAAACCUAAAAUUCCGUUGACCCAUGAAGCGUUCAAUGGCUCCUACGUGCAUGUCGAAAAUAAUACGAAUGAAAAACUUGAUCGAGAAGACGAAUCAAAAUUUUCUGGUAACGCUAACGGAGAAUGGUAUUUUCGAAGGUUUAGACCCGCGGAGCCAGAAAACACAUGGUAUUUGUGGAUGUUGGAAAGAUCGGUUAAUAAAAACACUUAA